AUGGACAGGAUAUCCGAGUUGCCGAAAGACAUCUUACAUCGAAUACUGUAUUUCCUCUCCCCAAAGCAGGUUGUUCGAACAUCUGUACUGUCAAAAUCAUGGCGUUACGAUUGGUGUACUCGCCCCAAUCUUGAUUUUUCAGACAUGGACUUCAUAGUUAAAAUGCAAGAAUCUGUAUCCACUGUGAACAAUAUUUUACAACGAUACUAUGAUCAAAGGUUGUGCAUACAGAAGUUGCACCGCAGUUUAUUACUAGACAAUAAUUUGGACCGAUGGGUUUCGCUUCUCAAAACAUGGACCCCACUACUCACACUUACGGGUCUCAAGAAAUUUCGUCUUGUUUACUUUGGUGGAAUGCCGGCUGAAGUCUUUGGAGCCGAAUCGCUCGAAGAUUUGCAUUUGGAAGGAUUCACGUUCGACGAAAAGGGUAUCGAAAGGAUGGUGGUCUUCAAGCGUCUACGGUCACUUUGUCUCCGACAUGUCAAAUUCGAGGACGAUGUUUUGCAGAAGAUAAUCGCAAGCUGUCCUUUGAUCGAAACCCUAAACGUCGAAGGAUAUUGUGAUUGGGAAUGGACAAGCACAAUUAAAUUAAAUGAUCUACGCAAUCUCAAGAACUUAAAAUCCAAUAUCUUUACCUUUGAAAUCCAUCCCCCGUCUCUUGAAACCAUUGAUAUUAGAUGCGGCGAUAUUCGGUUACACAGAGGAGCCGUUUUCUAUAACCUCAGAGAUUUAUAUCUGGCACGUGUCGGUUCGUCACUGGACCACUUGUCGUCGUGUAAAUUCCCGAGGCUCGAGUGCUUGGACUUAUACGAUUGUGGUCGGCCGGAAGAAAUCCAGCUAUUUAUUGAUGCCCCAAACAUAGUUUGUUUUAAAUGCAACGAAAGUCGUGUCCCGUCCAUUUCUUUUGCAACAACUUCUAGAGAGUGGAAGUCGGAUAUAUCUCUGACACCGGACGAGUUCUCUUCUUCGUGGUUCCUCAAGAUAAAAGAACUGCUCAAGUCGUUAAGCCGGUCUAAAAUUUCUCUCACGAUUGGUGGAUUUGAUUACAUAGUACAAGAAAACAUUAAUACGGUACAAGACAAUGAUUGUGAUAAUCCUGUUGUGGUGGAAUGCUUAAGAUUGGAUUGCCCUUAUCCUCUAUCUUCGUUUUCGUAUCUUUUGAAUGUUACGUUUGGUAUUUGUCGUCCAAGAAACAUCGGUAACUUCCACGAGCAAGCGGACGCAGAAUUCGUCGCGUUUCAGUGGAAGAUUCUAAUGCAGAGAGAGAGUGAAAACCAAGAUGAGUUCGCACAUUUGUUGUUUCGAGAUUUGGAGGACGUGAGCUUCGAGAUGAAGGAGAGGAAUCGAGAAGAUCAAUGGCGUCCUGCAAGUUUGUCGGAAUUCAUUCUAAACUGUCGACAAAGUGAAAGUCGUUUCGCAUUGAAAUGGAGAGAAACUUUGUGA